AUGCGUCUUAACGUACCACGAGCAGUACGCGUGGGCCAUUCGGUGACUCUUGGUUGUGAGUACGACUUGGAGGGCUCCCCCCUCUAUUCAGUAAAGUGGUAUCGGGACAGCGGCGAGUUCUAUAGAUAUGUGCCCAAAGAAGAACCGCCCACCAGAGUGUUUCCCCAGCCGGGACUGCAUGUUGAUUCGGAGGAGGAUGAUAAUGCUGAUAGCGAUAGAGUUGAGGCUGAUAUUGUGAAUGAUCCUGACAAUGUUUUUAGCGACGAUGAUGAUGAUAUCCCUCAAACAAGAUUAUUAUUUCCAGACUGGAAUAACACUCCUGAUUUGAAAACAAUUGAUUUCAUUGGAAUACCUGGAUUUCGUGUACCACCACUUGUGAGUGUGUCUGACGCCCACAACGUGACUCUAAUGUCGGUGGGACGAAACAUUUCGGGUUUGUUUCAAUGCGAAGUGUCUGCUGACGCGCCUCUGUUCCACACCCAAAUCAUGUCUGCGCCGAUGACAGUCGCAGAGAACUGGAUCCGACAUUACGAAAAUCUAUUAACAGAAAACAGAAAGGAAUAUAGAGAAAUGUCUCCAACUGAAAUACACAUACAGGAAGAAACGAUAAACAUCGAUGAGAGGAGUGUCAUAAAAACGAUACAACUACUAAAAAAUGAUCGAGCUGCAGGUCCGGAGGGAAUUCCAGCAGAACUAAUCAAAUGCGGCACUAACAAACUGUUUGAACGAUUAACCUGCUGUAUAAACCAAUAUCUAAACAAUGCACGCACCAAUCCCGCAUGA